AUGACUCAGCUGCAGGAUGAACUAGACCAAAUCAAAGCUAAGAUCCAACAUCAUUUGGUGACAUCAGGUAACUACGAAAUCAUCAAUAAACAAUUGAAACUUCAGUUAUAUGAAUCUGGAUGGUUUGACCAAGUGAGUCUGUUGGCACGUAAAGAAUUGGAUCAACACCAAGAGGGGAAAGACGGUAGAACGGUGUUAUCAUUUGAUCAAUUGUUUGAACUGUUGAAACCCAAGGCAGAAGAUUUGGUACCAAAAGAGGUGAAAAAUGAUAUGUUGAAUAGGAUCAAGGAUUAUCUUGAGGAAGUGAUCGAAUAA